ACCAUACUCAUCUCUAAUUCUUAAAAUCUGUCUCUGUUCCGUCCCAUUCGUUCUUUAUUCAUCGUAUUUUGCGAAAUGGAGACGAACUUGUGGGAGUGGGACCACUGGGUCGAAGCAGCACUCUCAAAGCUUCAAACUUAAAAAGUGCUUCGCUCUCUAAGGCCCAUUUACGUCUCCUCCAAUGAACUACAGAAAGAACAAUCUCCACCCGUCGAAGAACGUGACGAUGAUUACGAGGUGUUCCAUGAAAUGCAACUCUGGGAUCGAUCUGCCGUUGAAAUAUCAAUAUCUGACUCCACCUUUCACAGAUGGUUCCAUGACAUUCCUAGUUCUGCUUGUCUAGUAUGGAUGGAGACUUUGCACCAAUGGUUGAACUCGUGAAGCUUCGCAAGAAGUAUGGUUUUUUGUUAGUCUUAGAUGAUGCUCAUGGAACAUUUGUCUGUGGCAAAAGUGGUGGGGAAGUGGCUGAGGAAUUCAAUUGCGAAAGAGAUAUAGACAUAUGCAUUGGCACUCUGAGUAAGGCGGCAGGUUGUCAUGGUGGUUUCAUAGCAUGCAGCAAAAGGUGGAAGCAGUUCAUACAAUCUAGGGGUCAUUCUUUUAUAUUUUCAACUUCUGCAUCAAUUCCCAUUGCUGCUGCAGCACAUGGAAACAUGGCAUAGAAGGGCUAUUUGGAACCAGG